GUUUUAGUGUUGGUUUUUUUUUUUGAACCCCCCCAGAGCAAAUUUGAAUGUACGCCACUGCUCCUUAUAUUACCAUAGAUUUUAAAUUACGAAUUAUUGCAAUCAUAGGCACAAAUAACGGAGGAGUUUUUAUAGGGACUUUUUAAAACCGAAAAAAGGGGGGCUUGGAAAGUUGGAAUAAAAAAAGGUUGGGAAACACUUGCCUAGACAAGCUUACAGGUAGGACACUGGUCCACAAGAGCUCCUCAGACGUCUGUUUCCGUUUUUUUUUGUACUCAGUUGUUCUGUGGAGUGUGUGUGUGGUUGUAGACUGCAGUGUCAGUGUGUCACUACCGUCGUCCGUCACUUAUCUACUAUCCACUAUCCAGUUGUCUAGUGUCUACUAAUUGUCUGUACUCUGUACUCUGAACGUUGAACCAAACAUUAGUCAUAACAAAGUACAAACAACGCAGGCCAUGUCCGUGGUGGUCAGUUCUUGAACUACAACUUACAACAAAAAUCAAAACAUUCCGCGUUAUUUUUAUAACAAAAAAUAUGUAAUUAAUAAGCAAAAGGAAUUUCCACAGAUUUACGAUUGUGAUUUGUGUUAUUAACUUAUUACUUAUUUGUGUAUAAUGACUCUUUAGUCUUUAAUGAAGUAUAAUGGAAUGUGAAAAUUAGAAAUAGUGACGACUGGAAAUCCUUUUUAACUAUUAUUUACUCUUAGAUAAUAUUAUAAAAUAAAAUAAUGAAUAAUCGUACAUAAUAUUAUAAUCAACGUAUAACAACUUAUCUUUGGCGGUUAUAUCGGUUGAUCAGUUAUGGCCAGUUUAAUGAGCAGUGUUGUGAGUUGUGACCAUUGGGUUUAAGAUUAUAUUAUGUUCUACUGUUUAUACAUAUUUUAGUCAUAUUUUACAUAGUUACAUUAUUUAUAAAUUAUAAGUAUAAUUAUUUGAUUGAUACUUAUAUAUUGUAAUUAUUGUAUUUAUCCAUGCGAUAGUAUUCAUUGUACACUGAAUAACGAGAUACUGUCAUACACAUUACACGGGCUAAGAUAAAUUCCAGAUCACUAUUUAAUAUUCAUUAGUAUAAGCUCUAAAUAAGUAAUCUUUCGCCAUUUAAAGAAUAUUCUUACAAUUAUCGGAGGAAAGUCUUUAACUCUACAUAUAUUUACCUCAGCAGUUGCAGAUCAAACACUUAACACCACAUGUCCACAUCAAGAGCUUAACUUUCUACAUUGAAUAAAGAAAUGGAGAGUAAACAACAAAAUAAACUUGAAAAUAAUGAAGUAAAUAAAUCAAAAAGCAAGCAUGCAGAAGAAAUUCAAAAAAAUGAAGAAUUAAAUGAAUAUAUAAUGCCUUUGAAAAACGAUAUGAUGACAUCAGCUGUAAGGCACAAAGAUCAACCCUUAAAUAAAAAAGGGGAUCAGCAAAGACAAAUUUGGAGUGGAAAAUAUGAUAAUUUAUUUUCUUCUAAUAGUAUCCUUGAAACUAUUGAAGAAAAUGAUAAUAAGCAUCAACCAAGUGUAUCAUUAGCUAACUUUGGCAACCCCAAUAAAGAAUUUAAAACAUCAUUUGAAUUAUCUGAAUGGAAUUUAAUAAGAGAAGAAGAUCUGACUGUGAUUACUGAAUUCAUAAACAAUGAAAAAACUGAAUAUAAUUUCUCUCCAUCUUCUAAUAUUUUUGAAACCCCCAAAAAAGUUUUAAGAGAACGUGUAAAUAAUUACAAACGUAUGUUUGAAACGAGUAUGAAGGAAAACAAUGAGCUAAGGGAAUUCACAACUCUUGAGAAGCAAAUGUUUUAUGAUAAUAAUGAACAAUUAAAAGAUUUAAGUAAUUUGAGAAAGCAAGUUGACGAUCUUCAAAUCGAAAAGAAUGAAUCUGAAAAAAUUAUCGACAAACUAAAAUAUUCAGUUCAAGUAGUUGAAAGUGAAAAACUUGAUAUUGAAAUUAUUAUUGAAGAACAAAGAAACAAGUUUGAGAAACGAGAAAAUGAACUUUUGGCUACAAUUCAGGAAACAAAAAAAGAGUUAAAAUCCAAAGAAGAUCAAAUUAAAAAAUUCAUAUUAAGUAAUAACUUUAUGACCGAGAAGCAAGAAGAAAUUAAAAGACUUGAAAUGAAAAUUAAAGAAAUCUAUCAAUUGAAUAAUACAUUUACUAAUGAAAUAGACGUGUUAAAAUUACAAUUGUUAAAUAAAGACCAGCAACUCAAUGUUGAAUUGUCUGAACGAUGUUCGCUAUUGAAAGAGUUAUCUCUUCUUCAAAGUUAUGCAGCUGAAGUUAAAUCAAUUCCAUGUGCUAUUAAAUUUUUAGCUGAUGAAGGGUAUUUUAGUCUUAAAAAAAAUAAUAUAUUAGGACUGGUUCAACUAUUGGAACACAUUCAUGAUAUAGUUGAACAAUUAGAACAAAAAAACAAAAAUCUAAUGGAUGAAAAUAAUAAUUUGAAAUUAAUUACCAAUGAUUUUAAUAUUCAAAUGAAUAAUACAAAAAAAGAAAAUGAUGGAUUGAGAUUAAAGCUAAAUUUAAUUGAAAAAAAAAUUAUAUUUACCGUUAAAGAAUUUAGUGGCAGUUCUGAGAUUAGUAUUGAAAACGCUGAUACAGAAAGUUUAAUUGAAUUUGCUCAAAAACAUUUUGAAGAAAACACAAACAAGGUUGAUAUUCUGUCAAACAAUAAUUUAAUUUUAAAAGAAAAAUUGUUUAUAUCAAAUAUAAAACUCUGUGAAAUAAUAUCAUUUGUAUUUAAUAAUCUUGAUAAUAUUCUUCAAAGUAUUUCUACUAUGGAAAAGAGAUCAAGUACUGAAAUGGAGAAAUUUAAGAAGGAACUUUCUGAAACUAUAGAAGAAAACAUAUUUUUAAAAUCUAAUAUCCAAUUGUUUAAUGUAUUAACAUUUGAAUGCGUUGAUAUUAUUGAAAAAGUAAAAAUAAACCAGUCAAACGCUAUAUAUCUUCAAGAAGAACUUACUGUCUGUAAUGGUGUUAAAAACGUAUUACAACUACAAAUUGAAGAAUUAAAAAGAUUGAACACAAAUCUUAAUAUGUUAAUUGAAAACAAAAUUAAAAUUGAAAAACAAAUCAAAGACGAAUUGAACGACACUAAAUUUAAACUUUCUCUAAAAAAUAAAGAGUUAGAUGAAAGAAGAAUUGGAAUCAAUUUGGAUAAUGAAAGUGAAAUUCGUAAUGAAUUAAAAAUAAAAACUAAAGAGUUAGAAACUUCGGUUUCUCAAGUUUAUGUAUUACAAUUAACAAUUGAAGAAAUGAAAAUAAAAACAAACUCUAAUGCUAUUACUAUUGAAAGACUGAAUAAUGCACUCGAUAGUAUUGAAUUCGAACUGAAAGAAAAAUCUAAACUUGUGGAUGAAUUCAAAAAUAAUAAAUCAAAAGCAACAACAUGUAAUAAUUUAGAAACAAUUAAUGAUCUAAAUGAGAUUAUUUCAAAACUUAAAUCUGAAUUAGAAGAUAAGUUGAUAAAUGAAAAAAUGUUAAGAAAUGAAUUACAGAUUGUUACAGUAGAAUUGGAUGAUGUUAUUGUUAAAGUCAAUGAGGUAAAAUCAGUAGUUGACAUUUUAAAUAUAAAGGAUGAAUCCAAUAUUUAUAUUUUGCAACAGCUUAACUAUGAACUCAAAUAUAUUGAAACUAUACUUAAUGAUAAAAAUGAGUUAAUUAGAAAAUUAGAAAACACUAAUUUAGAACUUUUAACUAGACGCACAAAUCCUGAUCAAUUAAAUAAAAUUAUCACUGAACUACAAAUAGAACUGAAGAAAAAAAUUAAUCUUGAAAGUGAAUUACGAGAUGAACUUAAGGCUAAAACUAUGAAAUUAGAAUAUGCUAUGCUUCAGGGAAAUGAAAUACAAACUGUGGUAGAAAGUAUGGAGAAUGAAAUAAAAUCAAAUGUUGUUUUAAUAGACCAAUUUAAAUCUGAAUUAGCUUCAAAAUCAGAUUUAUUAAUAAAAUUAGAAAAUGUAAAUUCAGAAUUAGUUCUGAAAUGUGAUAAAUUUAAUGAAAUUUGUUAAACAAUACAAAGGAUAAUGAGCAGUACCAUUUAAAUAUUCAAAAUCAGUUACAACUUGUUAGCAAAGAAAAAUUACUAAUUCAAAAUGAUUUAAACCUUAUAAUCCAGCAAUGUUUAGAAAUUUCAAAACAUGAUGAAUCACAAAAAUAUUUACAAGAUAAAGUACAACUAUGUGUAUUGAAUUACCAUAAUGUAUAUACAGAAUUUGUUAAUUUGUCUUGUGAUAUUGAAUCAUUAUUAAAAUGUCAAACCAUUACAGUAUCUAAUUUGAGAGAAGAAAUUCUACUAAAAUCUGCAGAAAUUGAACACUUGCAAAAACAGGUUCUUGGGUCCAGUUUACAGCAAGAAUAU